GUUUAAAUAAUCAAAAAACUAAUAAAAAACUCCAUUAAAAUUGAUUUAAAUAUUCCUCUCAUCUAACUAAUUCUAAUUCCACAAAAAACAACACUUGUCAUCUCUUUCUUCUCUCUCUCUCUGCUUUUUUGACAUUUGUCAUAUUUUGCCUGUGUUUUUUUUUUUUUAUCAGCCAGAAAGAAAAUUGAAAAAUCAGUUUUCAGAAGAUUUCAGACAUGGCGAACCACGUGCAUGAUACCGUCUUCGAAAGGAGAUUACGUCCUAUUUAUGAUUCACUCGAAGUUGGUAAUAACAAAAAGGCGCUUCAAGAAGCCGAAAAGUUAUUGAAGAAACAACCUUCUCUGAUAUGUGCACAAGCAUUAAAGGCUCUUGCUCUUCUAAGAUUGGGCAAAUAUGAGGAAAGUAAUACCCUCUUAAAAAAUAUAUCCCAAGAAAAGCCAACAGACGAUUCAACUUUGCAAGUUUUAUCAUUUUGCUACAAAGAAAUGGAACAACUGGAUAAAAUAUGUGAAUUAUACAAUCACGCAGCUAAACAAUCGCCUGGCAAUGAAGAAAUUCUGGCACAUUUAUUCAUAUCAUAUGUCCGACUGGACGAUUAUAAGUCACAGCAAUCGGUGGCCUUGCAAUUGUAUCGAGUCAAACUCAUAAAUGCAUAUUAUUUUUGGGCUGUUAUGAGUGUUGUUCUCCAGGGAAUUCGUGGACCGGAGAGUAAGAACCCAGAUAAACGGAAAUUAUAUCUAGCGCUGGCGCAACGAAUGGUUGAUAAAAUGAUUGCAGAGGAUAAACUUGAAGCCGAACAAGAAGCUCUACUUUAUAUUACAAUUUUAGAUGAGCAGGGAAAAAAUCAAGAGGCAUUAAAUUUCUUAAAUGGACCUGUUUGUGAAAAAUGUUAUCCUGGUGCUCCGGUUUAUUUGAAAAUUAAUUUGAUGAAGAAGAUGCAAAUGUGGGAUGAGAUUAAUGUUAUGCUGAAAGAAUUGCUGAAAGAUGAUCGAGAUCGUUGGGAUUACUAUCAAGAUUUUCUUACGAGUUGUUUUGAAUUACACAAAUCACAGAGUGGAACCGAAAGUACUGAAGAUGGUAUAUCCAAUAUGGAUGAAUGCCAUGAUUUUCUUUGUCAGUUAAUUGAAGGUGAUGGUAAGCGUGUAAGAGGACCAUAUCUAGCUCGUUUAGAGUUGCACAAACGAAUGCGGGCCAAUCAAAUGAAUGCCCAAGAACUUUUAGGUGAUUUUAUUCAGCUAAUAAUUGAAUAUUUCCGGCUAUUUGGAGAUAAAUCUUGCUGUACUUCUGAUGUCACAUUAUUCCUCACAUCAGUUUCAUUAGAAGAUCGAUUAGUGUUAGCUAGUAAGCUGCUUCAAGAAACUGGAAUAUCUUCAACAUCAUUGCCCCAAAAUAAAGAACAAAUGCAAAAGCACAUUUGCUCGUUACAAAUUUCCAGAAUUUGUGGUCACUAUGAUAAUCUAGAGACGGAGCAUUUAGUUGCAUUUUAUACUGCUCUACGUUUGCACUACGAACACGGACUCAGUUCAUUUGGCAAAAAUCUCCUGCCCACAGAUAUGGGACCUUCGGAUCCUUAUGCAUUGUUAGCUGCAAAUGUUAUGUAUGACGUUUGUGUGAAAGAACAAAAAUCAGACAAACUCUUCGAAGCGCUGUGUCUCCUGCAAUAUGUUUUAAAAAACAGUCCCAGUAAUUUCCAUGUUAAGCUCUUGUGCUUAAAAAUCUACCACAUUUUUGGUUGCAUCACUGGAGCGCAGCAAAUGUACGAGUCAAUUGAUAUAAAACACAUUCAGCUGGACUCAAUGGGUUAUAUUCAUUGCAAUUUGUUACCACUUUGUGGCCGUCCAUCAGUAGCUCGUGUUGUAUUUGAUACAACAUUGAAAUUUUUCACAAACAGUUAUAAGGAACGUUUGGAAUACAUCGCAUUAACUUAUCGCUUCUGUUCGUUUUCAAAACUACAGGAGUUUUUAAAUUUUAAGGAACGCCUAACAAACAGUUUGCAUUAUGUUUCCAUAUCGGUGGAAGCACAAUUAGCUGAUUUGGUUGCAUUAUACGGAUCUGUUCAACAAAAUCUCAAUACAUAUAGUUUGAUGAGUAUAGAACCACAAGAGGAUCGAAUCAAUUGGAAUGAAUUAUCUGAUAAUCGUGAUUUACCAGCUAUUGUACGUUGGGAUCCGGUGCAUAUUGUUAAUCAUGAACAGCAUCAAAGAGAAACUAUUGAACAAGAGCUCGAAGGUCUACAAAUACGUUCGCUAAUGUUGAGAUUGGUAGCAUCGUUUGUUGAUCUUUAUCAUUUCAACAAUAACAGUGGCAGUAGUAGUAAGACGAAAAAUGAAUCUAAUUCAAAAGACACUGAAACUGUGGAGGUGCUGCGCGAGGGCUGGGAAGGACUAUUCCAACGAAUACGCCUGAUGAAAUAUGAGAAGAUUUCUAAUCAGUUUCUAGUCAAUUUGCUCCCAUCGCGUCUUCAUAUGAUGCUUGAUCUGCCAUAUGAGAAAUUCUUUAAUGAUUUGGCAGGUUUUAUUUUAGAUUUGCAUGUAGGCUGUAUUAAAAUGGAGCAAUGCAAAGUGAUAAGCAAUAAUGUGGAUGAGGUUGCUUCAUUGUUUUUAAAUGCUGUUAAAGAAAGUAAUAGCAGUGAGGAUAAUUUAUGGUGUCGGCGUUCAGUGCAACAAAGGAUUUCAGUUGCCAUUGAGAUUCUAUCCCUUUAUGCCUUUAUUUUGUCAAUUUGUCACGAGAGAUUUGCGAUAUCAUCACAAAAUUCACAAACCAAGAAAAAUAAAAAGAAAGAUGGCAAGGCAUCUCAGAACGAUGAAAAUCUAGCAACAAAUAUUAUGAACGAAAAGGAACGAAUGCUACUGAUAGUGGAAUUGAUGCGUCAUCUUAAGCAACACUUGCAAAAUUGUGCUAAUUCUCUUGCUGGUUGGAAGCCACCUCAGAUACCAACAAACUUAGUCUCUUGUAUGGCUGACAUGUCACUAAAUCCGGAUGUCGAAUCGAGUCUACUUAAUGAAGUAGCAAACACCUUCAAAGACAGCCAUGACCAAACCAUCAUAGAAUUGAAAAACCUUAUCAAAGAUAAAAUCCGCAUGGUGAACAAAUGAUAAACAAAAUAAAACAAACAAAAAAAACAAAACUUAAACCAACGCAUAGAAAGCUGUUAAAAUGAGAUAUACAUAAAUUUGGGAUAGAGAAGAAUCGAAUUUUUUCAAUAAUUCAAAUUUCUUCAAUAAUCAUAAUAUUAUAUAGAAAUUACUUUGAUAGUAUUGUUUGUACCUAAAAAUACGAAACAUUUGAUUUAUUUGCCAAAGGAACCAAAAUUCUUUCAAAAUAACAUCCAAGUUUUUUCUGGAUAGAUGUUAACAUUAGUUUUUAUACAUAUAUUUUUUUUAAUUUGUUGAUUCUUCUUAUUUUAGGUACCUUUACUCUCUCCCGUGCUCCCAAGGAAUGUAUUGUUCUAAAUUCAACUGAAACAAAAAAAAAAACAAAACAAAUCCUAUUUAUUGAUAAUUAUGUUAAUUAUAUAACCUGCAACCCCCAAUUUGUUUUUAAUAUUGAUAAUUAUAAGAAGUAGCUUUUAGAUAUAUAUCGUUUUUAAGUCAGUCUACAAACAGUACGUUUACGUAAAAUAAAAGCAAACAACAAAAUCAUUUUGUUCACAAUUGGAAUUAA